UUGAAGCAACUGAAGAUGUUUUUCACCAGUUCUGGGAUGACACCAUUAGUGCAGUAUUGACUUGUUUCCUUCCAGAUUAUGGUUUCAGUUUAAGUAAUCUCUUUAUCUUUAGAGGGGAGGAGAAAUCAGAAUUGAGUAAUGAUGAUCCAAAAAUUGAACUGGGAUACUAUGCCUUUGGAGCUCAAGUAAUCUUGGUUGCCAUUUGUCCUCCUUCCAGAGAUGGAGAUAAAAAUCCAGUGGUGGUUGAUAUUGUUAAAUCAGAUUUACAACAGGUAAAAGAUCGAGUAUGUCAUCUACAGCGAAUGAUGAAUAUAUCCAGAUUGCUGGAGACAAAUGUUUAA